AUGGAGAACUCAAAAUCCACGUGCAAGCUGAAGGCCAAGUUCCAGUUGAGCGGCUACAAGGAUGUAGACAAGAAGACGGUGGUCGUCGGGGGGAUGUUUCCUGUUCACAUGCGCAUCGCUUCCAGAGAUGCCAACACGUCAAGGGUGCCGGUCUCCUCGGGGUGUGAGGGGUUUAACUUCCGUACUUUCCGCUGGACCCAGACCAUGCUGUUUGCUAUCAAUGAAAUUAACAAGAAGACAGACCUGCUGCCCAACACCGACCUGGGCUAUGUCAUCUACGACUCCUGCUUCACCAUCUCCAAGGCCGUGGAGGGCACCCUCACCUACCUGACGGGCCAAGACGAGGCCGUACCCAACUACCGCUGCGGGACCGGUGCGCCUCUGGCUGCUCUGGUGGGCGCUGGGGGCUCCGAUCUGUCCAUUGCCACGGCGAGGAUACUCGGACUUUAUCACUUCCCACAGGUCAGCUAUUCGUCCACUUGCUCCGCCCUGGAAAGUAAGUUCCAGUUCCCCACCUUCCUCAGGACCAUUCCCAACGACAAGCACCAGUCUACAGCUAUUGCCCAGCUGGUGCUACACUUCGGCUGGACUUGGGUGGGCACCAUAGCUGCCGAUGACGAUUACGGCAAGUAUGGCAUCAAAGACUUCAAGGAGCAGGUUGAGGAAGCCGGUGUCUGCAUCUCCUUCUCUGAGACCUUGCCCAAGGUGAGUUCACAAGAGGACAUUCGGCGUAUAGCUCAAACCGUAGUUGAGUCCACGGCCAAGAUCAUUGUGGUCUUCUCAUCAGACGUGGACCUCAGCCCUCUAAUCUUCGAGUUGCUCCAGCACAAUGUGACCAACCGCACCUGGAUCGCCAGCGAGGCCUGGGUCACCUCCGCUCUCAUCAACCAGCCUGGGGUGAACUCGGUGCUGGGUGGCACUUUGGGCUUUGGGGUGAAAAGGGCUGACAUCCUGGGUCUUCAGCGCCAUCUCCUGGAUUUGGACCCCUAUGCCAACCCGCUCACAGAGGAAUUCUGGGAGACGUCGUUCAACUGCACAUUGGACUACAGCAAAGCGGUGAGGGGGGUUCCUGAUGGGCUGUGCACAGGCAGAGAGCCUCUGGCACAGCUCAAUAACACCUACUCUGAUGUUUCCCAGUUACGAAUCACCUACAGUGUGUACAAAGCUGUGUACGCUGUGGCCAACGCCUUGCACAACCUGGAGCACUGUGAAGCGGGACAGGGGCCGUUCGUUGGGGGCAGCUGUGCUGACAUCACCAACUUUGAGCCAUGGCAGCUGAUGUACUACAUGAAGAACGUGCGCUUCAAAGUGCCGCACACGGACGAAGAGAUCUACUUUGAGGACGGAGAUGUGAAAGGCGUCUAUGACAUCAUCAACUGGCAGGUCGACAGCGACGGGGAGAUCUCCUACGUCACUGUGGGAUACUACAAUGGCUCAGCAGCUCCAGAGGACAGGAUGACCAUCGUGAACAACUCCAUUGUGUGGAACAAUGACAUGUUGGAGCCUCCUCGCUCAGUGUGCAGUGAUAACUGCAUGCCGGGCACCAGGAAGGGAAUCCGACAGGGAGAGCCAGUGUGCUGUUUCGACUGUAUUCCGUGCGCUGACGGAGAGAUCAGCAACUCAACCAAUGCCCGUGCAUGUAUCCUGUGCAGUUACGAAGACUGGUCCAAUGAAGCUCACGAUACCUGUGUCCCAAAAAUCAUUGAGUUCCUGGCGUUUGGAGAGCCGCUGGGGAUCACUCUCAUCGCCAUCUCGGCCUUCGGAGCUCUCGUCACCAUCGGUGUCGGGGUGGUGUUUGUUGUGCACCUUGACACGCCUCUGGUGAAAGCCAAUGACGCUCUGUUGAGUUUCUCGCUGCUCUUCUCGCUGGUGGUGACCUUCCUCUGCUCCAUCGUCUUCCUCGGAAAGCCUCGGCACUGGAGUUGCAUGACCAGCCAGGUCGCCCUGGCUCUUGGCUUUGCUCUCUGCCUUUCCUCUCUCAUAGGUAAGGCUGCAGUGCUGAUGCUGAGAGCUCGGGCUCUGAAAAGGACCCGGAUUAGAGCCAAAGCAGCUGCCAAAGCUGCAAAGUUGGCUGCAGCAGAAGCAGCAGAAGCAGCAGCCAACGGCGGCACUCAUGAUGUCAUUGUAACCAACACCUUUAACAACGCUGACGCCAACAAUGCCUGCGAUAACCCUGAAGUUGACAGUCUCACCUUUGCCCACCAGAGGGCGAUAGCUGCCGUGGCAACUUUAAUACAGGCUGUAGCGUGCACAGUGUGGCUCAUCCUCAUCCCUCCACACCCCAUUGAAAACACCUCUACCCAGAAUAUAAAGAUAAUUCUGGAGUGUGAUGAAGGCUCUAUAGUCUUCAUCUGUUGUAUCUUCGGCUACGACAUCCUGCUGGCUCUGCUGGCCUUCAUCUUUGCUUUUAUAGCCCGCAAACUGGAGGACCACUUCAGUGAGGCGAAGUCUGUCACCUUCAGCAUGCUCGUCUUCUUCAUCGUGUGGAUCUCCUUUGUCCCAGCGUACCUCAGCACACGUGGCAAGUUCAUGGUUGCUGUCCAGAUUUUUGCCAUCUUGGCUUCCAGCUUCGGCCUGCUGGCCUGUAUCUUCUUGCCCAAGUGCUACAUUAUUUUGGUCAAACCCGAGCACAACCGAGAGGAGAUGAUGAGGCCCCGCGCCAAACCACGUGAUGGGACCUCAACCGGGACCUCGGCCUCCCUCGCUACAGCUGCUACUGAGGUCAAUGCUACGAUUGCAUCCACGGCUAUUGAUGAUUAG